AUGACCUUUGUCACAGACCAAGUCCGCCGCGUGGACAGCCAGUUGGAUCGACUGCAGCUGUUUGGUCUACCGUCAGCGCCGGUUUCACCUUUGCUAGAGGCCCGCCGCGACACAUUGGAUCAUGCGCCAGUAACGUCUACUCGUGCAAGUCAACUCCAGAUUGUUGCAAAGGCCCUUUCUGCAUCGGCGACUUCCCAGCCAAUUCUGAAACCUGUCCGGAUAUGUAGCCUCCUGGAGCAGGCGCAAUCGGCACUCGCACAACCCAUCAGCGUUCAGGCUCAGGAAGACACAGCUUAUGAGCGUGACCUUGAAUGGCUCAUUGUCAGCAAAGCGGCUACGCAAACCUACGGCGUCCUCCUCAAUGUAUUGCUCGACCAGAUCAUGCCAUUGAGCAAUGACAUUUGGUAUUGGGACGAUAUCUUGGGUUCCCGAAUGUAUACUGGCCUGUAUUCAAUACAGACCUCACCUCUACGUUUUUGGAAAUGGUCCAAAGAGGUUUAUCACGACGCGCGGCAGAAACUCGAAUCUAUUACUGGUCCUAGCGAGCUUGGUGCAACUGCUUCGAAAUCUCUUACUGACCGAUGGACCCAAUUCUAUGGGCUGGUCAAAGAAAGCGUUCGCGAGCGUUCUCUUUUGGAUAUCCAUAGACAGGUCGUCUCGCCAUUUGCUCUUGUUCGCGCCGAGGUCCGCCGGAAGCAGGCUGCGCUGAGAAAAUUCCGUGAAAUGAGCGCCAGUGGACUUGGUGUUCUAAUGGACGAGGGUCUUGCAUUUGGUUUGGACGACGAGAGUCUCUUCUCAAAUACUGAGGGUUCGAAAUUUGACAAGGAAGACUGGAAGCUCGUUGUUGCCAAGAGUAUUGCAUUGAUGGAAACCGUUCUCCGAAAUGUCACUGCAAUCGAGGUGGGCCUUCCAGAUUUCGAGGACACCGUCUUUGCCAGCAUAGAGGAGGAAUCAGAUGUCAUGCACCAAGCUUCAGACGAAAGUAGCGAUGGCAAGCCGGCCGCCCUCUGUAAACGCCUUCAAGACAUUCUAGAAUCGCACAUUCCGGGGCACAAUAAUGCGUCCAAAGCUCUUACUGUCAAAUUUGGACGUCCAUCUAGACUAACGCGAUAUUGGCUCCCUGCAAUUGUCCUGAUUCUGUCAUCGAGCACGCUCUUGCGAAUUCUCGCCAGCCGGCAGGCAGAAAUCGCGACUUGGAUUCGUGAAUUGGGAACCACCAUUGUGGACUUCUGGUCGAACUGGGUUAUCGAACCGACCAAAAAGGUGCUGGGUACGAUUCGACAUGAUAAAGACAGCGAAAUUGCAAUCAUGAGCAAGGAAAGCCUUGCGGGUGAUCGCGCCAGCCUUGAGCGUAUGGUUGUAGACUUUGCAGUCGACCAUCCCGCAGAAAGCGGUGGUGCAGCAAGUCUAAGUGAAGCCGAAAUUUCUUCGAUUAGGGACAAGGUCAAGGAAGGCGAUUUGACACCGGUACUCAAGGCUUACGAACGAGACCUGAGGAAGCCAUUCAUGGGAACUGUCCGCGGUGAUCUCGUUCGAGCACUGCUUAUUCAAGUGCAGAAAACAAAGGUUGAUGUAGAGGUUGCCAUGGGCGGCAUUGACUCAUUGCUAAAGAGCCAAGAGCUUGUCUUUGGAUUUGUUGGACUUACGCCAGGCAUACUCGUCUGCAUAGCCUCGUUGCGUUGGGUGAAAGACACGUUUGGUAGUCGCUCUGGUAGCAAAGAAGGAAAGCGCCAUGUGAAGAUGGUCCGCGUGUUAAGGAAUAUUGACCGCAUCCUUUCCGCAUCUUCCUCUCCCUCAUCUCCUGGAAGUCCUCAUCAAGGCAUGCUCUCGUACAAAGAGCACGGUCUUUUGCUCUGCGAAGUCCACACCAUGCGCCAGACCGCCCAGCGUGUCCUUCCUGGAGAAAUCCACCGCGAGUUCCUCGAAGAUAUCGAAGAUCUCGUGGACAUUCGCACCGGCGUCGAGCGUCAAUUGAAGGUUGUGGAACGAAUUCGCUGGGCAUACGCCAAAUGGCUCCGGUGA